AUGUACCGCCUUAACAAGCACAGCUGGACAUUUCACUUUCUUUUCAUUUUUUCUUUUCUUUUUUCUUUUCUUUUCUUUUCUUUUCUUUUCUUUUUUCUUUUCUUUUCUUUUCUUUUCUUUUCUCUUUUUCGGUCUUCCUUCUUUCACUCCUUCCUCCUUCCUUCCUUUCUUUCUUCCUUCCUUUCUUCCUUCUUUCUUUCCUUCCUUUCUUUCUUCCUUCCUUCCUUCCUUCCUUUUUUCCUUCAUUCCUUCUUUCCUUUUAGCCUUCCUUUCUUCCUUCCUUCCUUUCUUCCUUCUUUCUUUCCUUCCUUCCUUUUUUCCUUCCUUCCUUUCUUUCUUCCUUCACUCCUUCCUUCAUUCCUUUCUUCCUUCCUUCCUUCUUUUUUCCUUCCUUCCUUCUUUUUCCUUCCUUCCUUCCUUCCUUUUUUCCUUCAUUCCUUCUUUCCUUUUAGCCUUCCUUUCUUCAUUCCUUCCUUCCUUCCUUCCUUCCUUCCUUCCUUCCUUCCUUCAUUCAUUCCUUCUUUCCUUUUUUCCUUCCUUCCUUUCUUUUCUUCUUUUUUCUCUUUCUCAUUCAUAAUUGCUUACGUUCUUACUUUUUCCUUCAGUUUCCUUUCUUUCAUUCAAACCAUCUUCCAAACUUUCAAUCUUUCAUUCUUUCUUUUUUCUUUCUUUCUUUCAACCUUUCAAACUUUCUUUCUCACUUUUCUUUCUUUCUUUCUUUCUUUCUUUCUUUCUUUCUUUCUUUCUUUCUUUUUAUUCUUUCUUUCUUUCUUUCUCCAUAUCUUUUAUUAUUUAUUUCUAAAUAUUUGUUUUUCUUUCUUUCCUUAUCUCUCCCUCUCUCUAUUUUUUAUAUUUUGUUUCCAUGGUUUCAAUCUUUUUCACGAAUUUUUCUUUCUUUCUUUCUUUCUUUCUUUCUUUCUUUCUUUCUUUCUUUCUUUCUUUCUUUCUUUGUCAGUUCUCUUUUUACCUCUUACUUUAUAG